AUGAAGACUUUGAUCGUUUUAGCUUGCGUAUUUUUGUCAGAGAAGGUUUUCGCGAGAAAAUGGGAGGACCAGAUGGAUAGAGCCUCUUUGGUGCUGGAAGAAAUUGGGGAGCGAAUUGAGUUGCCGGUUUUUGUCAGAUCUCAGAGAUGCUCAGAUUGCGCGUUUCUACCUCUACGAACUCGCGAAUUCGAAAUCAUCAAUUCCACCUCCCAAAUCGGCUGGAUCGACACUCGCUGGCCCUCUCAGUUCCAGUUCAAGCUCAAAGACGGAGAAAUUCGCGAAUCAAAUUUCAUUAAUUUCGCGGAAAACACAAUUUUCUCGUUCAAAAUCGGAGAAAAUAGUGAUUUCGCUUUUCAAGAAUCACCUCAAAAAAGCGAAGAUUCUUCUUCUUUGCAACAAAUCGGAGCAUUGGCGAUUUUUGCAGGUUUUAUUUGGAAAUUGAACUCUUUUCUCGACGCCGAAAAUCGAGGAAGAGAGCCAGUUGUGGAUACCUGGCGAGGAAUAAACGUCGCGUUCAUGGUUUUUGUCAAUUACGGCGGUGGGGGCUACUGGUGGCUUCAGCACUCGCCUUGGGACGGAAUCACUCUCGCCGAUUUGGUCAUGCCUUCUUUUCUAUUUUUGAACGGAAUUUCUAUCGCCUUGCGGAAAAAAUCAACGAAGAGGAGGAAUUUGAAGAGAUUCGUCAAGACUUUCUUUCUUGGGCUGAUUGUCAGCAACAAAGGAAAGCUGCUCAGUUUGAACUUCGAUUUCGCGAACUGGAGAAUUCCGGGUGUUUUGCAGCGAAUCGCAAUUUGUGAACUCAUCGUUUCUGUCCUCUCCUUUUCAAAUUUCGCCCUUUUGACAGGGGUUCUGCUUUUUUACUUUCUCUGGUGGUCAAUUUACUUUCUCGCGACUCCCUUUGAUCUUCCCUCCUGCCCUGCUUCUUACAACGGUCCUGGUGGAAUUUCCAGUAAUUCGCAGUUCUUCCAUUGUAUCGGCGGAUCCUCAGGAGCGAUAGAUCGCUUCUUCCUCGGAAAUUCCCACCUGUAUCAAUGGUCAACUGCGAAAGGAGUGUUUUACCCAGAAGAACACUUUAAAAAUCAGCCGAUUGUUUUUGACCCAGAAGGAAUUACUGGCACUUUUUCGUCGAUUUUAACCGUUUUCUUCGGCUUCGUGGCUGUAAAGAUUCUUCGAAAAAUGGAGAGUUUUCAAAGAAGAACGUUUCUUUUGGGAAUCGGCUCAAUUUUAAUCCUCAUUGGCGUCAAUCGCGCAUCAACUGUUCCCUUCAACAAAAACCUUUGGUCCGACAGCUUCGUUUUCUUCACCGCCGGCUUCAAUUUCCUAGCGCUCCUUUUUCUCCUCGACUUUUCUUUUCCCCUUUUCGCCCGACUCGGAAGAAGAUCGAUGUUUGUCUACGUCGGUCACACCUUUCUCCGCGGCUACUUUCCCUUUUCCUGGAACUCUUCACUCCCCCCUACGCACGCUUCAAUCUUUUCUGAAAACCUCUUCGCGACCUGUUUAUGGCUCGUUCUUGGCAAUAUUUUUGAAUCUUUUUCUUCGUGA